AUGAGAUAUAGAUAAUAUAAUCCAAAAUGCGGUGAAUAUCCUAUUCCUUAAAGCGACAGAGACUAAGGAAUUAAUUCUGAUUUACAUAUAUAUACAUAAUUUAAAAUUGAACCAGCUGAAACAUAUUUAGCCUAUGCCUCUUGGUGUUAAUUUUUAGAUGGUAUAGGGCCUACUCAUGGUUAAGUUAAUUUCAAUUUAGGAAUAUUAGGAACCAAAAAUAUGUAAGAUCCUGUUGAAUUUGAAGAUUUAAUGGAAAUAGUUAUCCAUGAAAUGACUCAUAUAUUAGGUUUUAGCGAUAAUGAUAUACCUAGAUGGGUAGAUUAAUAGGGACGUCCUUAUGCUAAACCUUCUAAUACAAUAAUUGCAAGAGGAACUCCUUUUUUAGUAGUGUAAACUCCUCACGUUUUGAACUAUGCUCGAAAAUAUUUCAAUUGUCCUAACUUAGCUGGUAUGCCUCUUGAAAAUAAUGGAGGUUAAGGUUCUGCAGGAUCACAUUGGGAAACCACAGUCAUCCAAAAUGAAUACAUGAAUGCAGCUUAAUCACCAACAUAGGCCUAUUAUAGUGCUUUUACAACUAAUCUUUUAAGAGACACAGGAUUCUUUUAUGAAGUUAGCUCUUCUAUGGAAGAAUAAACAUUCUAUGGACUAGGAUAAGGUUGUAAUCAUGUAUUUGGUACAUGUGAUUCAACCAGAAAAGAAUAUUGUCGCCCUAGAAUCGAUGAUGGAUAAUGUGAUUAUUACAAUCAUGGAUCUUCUACUUGUGAAGCUGGAAAAUAUAUGGAUCGAGGUUGUAAUACUUUAAGUACUUAUUCUAAUUCAAAAUGCUGGGAUAUUAAAAGUAAUUUGAACACAUAAAAUAAUGCUCUUUUGCUUGGAACUAAAUUUGGGAUUAGUUCAAGAUGCUUUCCAUCGACUAUAUUGAAGCUAGGAUAUUAACCAGAAACUAUACCUAAGGGUUAUUGCUAUUAAUUUUAAUGUACUCCUAAUGGAUAAUAAGUGGUUGUUUUAGUAGGAGGAUAGAAAGUCCUUUGCUAGAAAAAUUUAUAACAGUUGUCAGUUAAAGGAUAUAGUGGAUAUAUUGUAUGUCCGGAUAAUAUACACAAGUUUUGUGGAUAUAAAAGAUUCUGUCCCAAUUUUUGUAGUGCAAACGGAUUUUGCAUAAACAAUAAAUGUAUUUGUAUUAAAGGAUUCUAUGGACCAGAUUGCUAUAGUAAUAUACCUGUUUGA